AUGGCCCGGGGCUCGGCGCUGCGGUGGCUGUGCGUCCCGGCAGUCUGGGCAGUCGCCGCGCUCUUGCUCUGCGUGUCCAGGGCCUCAGGGCAAGCGGAAGUUCCUGACUCAAAUGAUCCUUUGGGACAACUGGAUGGACAAUACAGCCCUAUCCCAACUCUGAAAGGGUACUUUCUGAAUUUUCUGGAGCCAGUUAACAACAUCACCAUCGUUCAAGGCCAGACAGCGAUUCUGCACUGCAAGGUGGCCGGAAACCCGCCACCCAGUGUGCGGUGGCUGAAGAAUGACGCCCCAGUGGUGCAGGAGCCGCGGCGCGUCAUCAUCCGCAAGACGGAGUACGGUUCCCGGCUGCGGAUCCAGGACCUGGACACGACGGACACCGGCUACUACCAGUGCGUGGCCACCAACGGGGUGAAGACCAUCACUGCCACAGGGGUCUUGUUUGUGCGACUUGGUCCAACACACAGCCCAAAUCAUAACUUUCAAGACGACUACCAUGAGGAUGGAUUCUGCCAGCCUUACCGGGGAAUUGCCUGUGCACGUUUCAUUGGGAACAGGACCAUUUACGUGGACUCUCUCCAGAUGCAGGGGGAGAUUGAAAACCGAAUCACAGCCGCCUUCACCAUGAUCGGCACCUCCACGCACCUAUCGGACCAGUGCUCGCAGUUCGCCAUCCCGUCCUUCUGCCACUUCGUGUUCCCGCUCUGCGAUGCGCGCUCCCGGGCGCCCAAGCCGCGCGAACUGUGCCGGGACGAGUGCGAGGUGCUGGAGAGCGACCUGUGCCGCCAGGAGUACACGAUCGCGCGCUCCAACCCGCUCAUCCUCAUGCGGCUGCAGCUGCCCAAGUGUGAGGCGCUGCCCAUGCCCGAGAGCCCCGACGCCGCCAACUGCAUGCGCAUCGGCAUCCCAGCCGAGAGGCUGGGCCGCUACCAUCAGUGCUACAACGGCUCAGGCACGGAUUACAGAGGGACGGCGAGCACCACCAAGUCGGGACACCAGUGCCAGCCGUGGGCCCUGCAGCGCCCUCACAGCCACCACCUGACAAGCGCCGACUUCCCCGAGCUAGGAGGGGGGCACGCCUACUGCCGGAACCCUGGCGGGCAGAUGGAAGGCCCCUGGUGCUUCACGCAGAAUAAAAACGUACGCAUGGAACUGUGUGACGUACCCUCUUGUAGUCCCCAGGACAGCAGCAGGAUGGGAAUUCUGUACAUCUUGGUUCCAAGCAUCGCCAUUCCCCUUGUCAUCGCGUGCCUUUUCUUCUUGGUCUGCAUGUGCCGGAAUAAACAGAAGGCUUCUGCGUCUACACCACAGCGGCGGCAGCUGAUGGCCUCGCCCAGCCAGGAUGUGGAAAUGCCUCUUAUCAAUCAGCACAAGCAGGCCAAACUCAAGGAGAUCAGCUUGUCCACCGUGAGGUUCAUGGAGGAGCUUGGGGAGGGCCGGUUCGGGAAGGUCUACAAAGGCCAUCUGUUUGGCCCGGCGCCGGGUGAGCAGACCCAGGCUGUGGCCAUCAAGACGCUGAAGGACAAAGCCGAGGGUCCGCUCCGGGAGGAGUUCCGGCACGAGGCCCUGCUGCGGGCGCGGCUGCAGCACCCCAACAUCGUCUGUCUGCUGGGCGUGGUGACCAAGGACCAACCCCUGAGCAUGAUCUUCAGCUAUUGCCCGCACGGUGACCUGCACGAGUUCCUGGUCAUGCGCUCGCCACAUUCGGACGUGGGCAGCACGGACGACGACCGCACAGUGAAGUCCGCCCUGGAGCCCCCAGACUUCGUGCAUGUGGUGGCGCAGAUCGCCGCGGGCAUGGAGUACCUGUCCGGCCACCACGUGGUGCACAAAGACCUGGCCACCCGCAACGUCCUGGUGUAUGACAAGCUGACCGUGAAGAUCUCGGACUUGGGGCUCUUCCGCGAAGUGUACUCGGCAGACUACUACAAGCUGACGGGCAGCGCGCUGCUGCCCAUCCGCUGGAUGUCCCCCGAGGCCAUCAUGUACGGCAAGUUUUCUGUGGACUCGGACAUCUGGUCCUACGGCGUGGUCCUGUGGGAGGUGUUCAGCUACGGCCUGCAGCCCUACUGCGGCCACUCCAACCAGGACGUGGUGGAGAUGGUCCGGAGCCGGCAGGUGCUGCCCUGCCCAGACGACUGCCCCGCCUGGGUGUACGCGCUGAUGAUCGAGUGCUGGCACGAGUUCCCCAGCCGCCGGCCCCGCUUCAAGGACAUCCACAGCCGGCUGCGCGCCUGGGGCAACCUGUCCACCUACAACAGUUCGGCCCAGACCUCGGGCGCCAGCAACGCCACGCAGACCAGCUCGCUGAGCACCAGCCCGGUCAGCAACGUCAGCAACGCCCGCUACGGGGGACCCAAGCAGAAGGCCCAGCCCUUCCCGCAGCCCCAGUUCAUCCCCAUGAAGGGCCAGAUCAGACCCAUGGUGCCCCCUCCCCAGCUCUACAUCCCGGUCAAUGGGUACCAGCCGGUGCCGGCCUAUGGGGCCUACCUGCCCAACUUUUACCCCGUCCAGAUCCCAAUGCAGAUGGCCCCGCAGCAGGUGCCCGCCCAGAUGGUCCCCAAGCCCGGCUCGCAUCACAGCGGCAGCGGCUCCACCAGCACGGGGUACGUCACCACUGCGCCUUCCAAUACUUCGGUGGCGGACAGGGCCGCCCUGCUCUCGGAGGGCACUGAGGAGGCGCAGAAUGUCCCGGAAGAGGUGGCCCAGAGCCCCGUGCAGGAAGCGGAGGAGGAGGAGGACGGCUCGGUCCCUGAGACUGAGCUGCUGGGAGACAACGACACUCUGCAGAUGGGCGAGGCCGAGGUCCAGCUGGAAGCCUGA